AUGGAAGAGACAUUUCCCUGCUCACAGUGUGGGAAGAGUUUUACGUACCCGAGUCAUCUCCACCAGCAUCAGCGUGUUCACACAGGAGAGAACUCGCAUCGCUGCUCGCAGUGUGGGACGAGUUUUUUAAAUCCGAGUUAUCUCAAAGAUCAUACGCGCGUUCACACGGGAGAGAAGCCGUUUCACUGCAACCAUUGUGGGAAGAGCUUUAAUCAGCUGAGUCAUCUCAAAACACAUCAGCGUAUCCAUACAGGAGAGAAACCGUACCAGUGCUCACAGUGUGGGAAAACUUUCAUCAACGUGAGUCGUCUUAAAGAUCACACGCGCGUUCACACGGGAGACAAGCCGUAUCGCUGCUCGGAGUGCGGGAAGGGUUUUAGAAAGCCGAGUAAUCUCGAAGAUCAUAAGCGAGUCCACACGGGAGAGAAGCCGUUUCACUGCAACCAGUGUAGGAAGAGCUUUAAUCAACUGAGUCAUCUCAAAACACAUCAGCGUAUCCAUACGGGAGAGAAACCGUACCAGUGCUCACAGUGUGGGAAGAGCUUUAAUCAACAGAGAGAGAAGCCGUUUCUCUGCACACAGUGUGGGAAGACAUUUAAUCAACAGGGUGAACUUCAAAUACAUCAGCGCGUUCAUACAGGAGAGAAACCGUAUAACUGCUCGCAGUGCGGGAAGCGAUUUAAUCAGCAGAGGAAUCUUGAAAAACACCAGCGCAUUCACACGGGAGAGAGGCUGUAUUGGUGCUUACAGUGUGGGAAGAGCUUUAACGAAAAGAGAAAUCUUGAAAGGCACCAACCCUUUCACACGCGAGAGAAGCCCUACGACUGCUUACAGUGCGGGAAGAGUUUUGCUUACCAGAGUAACCUGAAAACACACCAGCGCAUUCACUCAGGAGAGAAGCCGUAUCACUGCUCGCAGUGUGGACAGAGAUUCACUUAUAUCAAGACGUUUAAGAAACACAAGUGCGCCGACGUGGAGAAGUCAUCUUGUGCCACAUGA